AUGGCUACCAACGCUGGACGCCCCAACAUCGCUGAGGGUGCUUCCAUCCCGGCGCAAAGCCCCUCCGCUGAGGCGCCGGCCGGCGCUGAGGCUCCCAAAGUCAAGUCUGAGAAAGAGUUAGAGAAGGAUCGUAAAAAGGCCGAAAAGGCCGCAAAGCUCGAAGCGAAAAAGGCCAAGGCCGCCGUCCAGGCCGCCAAUGCCGCCGCUAAUAAAGAGAAGAAGGCCAAAAAGGAAAAGGCCGACGAGCCUGAGGUCCCCCCUUACGUCGAAGACACGCCACCUGGCGAGAAGAAGCGCAUCCGAUCGUUCGAAGACCCCAACUUCAAGGCAUACGACCCCAUUGCCGUCGAGUCGGCGUGGUACACCUGGUGGGAGAAGGAGGGCUUCUUCAAGCCCGAGUUCAAACCCAAUGGCGACGUUAAGGAUGAGGGCAGCUUCGUCAUCGUCCACCCUCCUCCCAACGUCACUGGAGCGCUGCAUAUGGGCCACGCCCUGACCGACUCGCUGCAAGACAUGAUGAUUCGCUGGAGCCGCAUGCACGGCAAGACGACGCUGUGGCUUCCGGGCACCGACCACGCCGGCAUCUCUACGCAGUCUGUCGUCGAGAAUAUGCUGUGGCGCCGCAAGCAGCAGACCCGCCACGAUCUCGGCCGAGAAAAGUUCAUCGAGACCGUCUGGGAGUGGAAGGAGGACUAUCAUCAGCGCAUCAACAAGGCGCUGACCCGACUUGGCGGCUCGUUUGACUGGUCCCGCGAGGCCUUCACCAUGGACGAGAGCCGCUAUGCUGCUGUCAUAGAGAAUUUUGUUCGUCUUCACGAGGAGGGCAUCAUUUACAGAGCCAACAGACUUGUCAACUGGUGCACAAGACUCAACACUGCGCUGUCCAACCUCGAAGUUGACAACAAGGAGCUGACUGGCCGCACACUGCUUGACGUUCCUGGCUACGAUAAGAAGGUUGAAUUUGGUGUCAUUGUUCACUUCAAAUAUCCCAUUGAGGGCUCUGACGAGACCGUCGAGGUCGCCACUACCCGUAUCGAGACCAUGCUGGGUGAUACCGGUAUCGCUGUCCAUCCCAAGGAUGCCCGCUACACUCAUCUUGUUGGCAAGAAUGCCAUUCACCCCUUCAUCCCCGGCCGCAAACUGCCCAUCAUCGCCGACGAGUACGUCGAGAUGGACUUUGGUACCGGUGCCGUCAAGCUCACGCCCGCCCACGACCCCAACGAUUUCACCCUCGGACAGCGCCACAACCUCGAGUUCAUCAACAUCCUCAACGACGACGGUCUGAUGAACGAGAAUGCCGGUCCGUACAAGGGGCACAAGCGCUUCGACGUCCGCUACAGCAUCCAGGAUGCGCUCAAGGAGAAGGGCCUGUACGUCGACAAGAAGGACAACGCCAUGAAGGUCCCUAUGUGCAGCAAGUCCAAGGAUGUCAUUGAGCCGAUCAUGAAGCCCCAGUGGUGGGUCAAGAUGAAGGACAUGGCCGCCGAGGCUGUCAAGGUUGUCAAGAACGGCGAGAUCAAGAUCCGCCCGGAGAGCGCCGAGAAGGCCUACUACCGCUGGAUGGAGGACAUCAACGACUGGUGCAUCUCGAGACAGCUCUGGUGGGGACACAGGUGCCCGGUCUACUUUGCCAAGAUUGAGGGCGGCUCUGACCUGCCCGAGGAGGAGCUCUGGUUUUCGGGCCGCACCCAGGAGGAGGCCGAGGCAAAGGCCAAGGCUAAGCUCCCUGGCAAGAAGUUCACCCUCGAGCAGGACGAGGAUGUUCUCGAUACAUGGUUCUCCUCUGGCCUAUGGCCGUUCAGCACUCUGGGCUGGCCCAACAAGACACACGACCUGGAGAAGCUCUUCCCCACCAGCGUCCUCGAGACCGGCUGGGAUAUCCUGUUCUUCUGGAUUGCUCGCAUGAUCAUGCUGAGCUUGAAGUUGACUGGCAAGAUCCCCUUUGAGGAAGUCUUCUGCCACAGCUUGGUUCGUGACUCAGAGGGCCGUAAAAUGUCCAAGAGUCUGGGCAAUGUCAUUGACCCUCUCGAUGUCAUUUCCGGCAUUCCUCUGCAGACCCUGCAUGACAAGCUGGCUCUCGGCAACCUGCACCCCACCGAGGUCGAGAGAGCGACCAAGUACCAAAAGACGUCCUUCCCCGACGGCAUCCCCCAGUGCGGUGCCGAUGCUCUGCGCUUCACCAUGAUCAACGCCACGACGGGCGGCAGCGAUAUCAACCUGGAGAUUCGCUCCAUCUACGGCUACCGCAAGUUCUGCAACAAGAUCUUCCAGGCCACCAAGUACGUCCUCGGCAGCCUUCCCGCCGACUUUGUCCCCUCAAAGCAGGGUGCGGUCCCUGGCAAGACCCUGGCCGAGCGCUGGAUCCUGCACAAGAUGAACCAGGCCGCCAAGGAGGUCAACGUCGCCAUUGCCGACCGCGAGUUCUCCAAGUCGACCGCCAUCAUCUACAAGUACUGGUACAGCGAGCUCUGCGACGUCUACAUUGAGAACUCCAAGUCCAUUAUCCGCGACGGCACGCCCGAGGAGCGUGAGUCGGCCAUCCAGACUCUCUACACAGCCCUCGAGGCUGCUCUUACCAUGAUCCACCCCUUCAUGCCCUUCAUCAGUGAGGAGAUGUGGCAGAGAAUGCCGCGCCGCCCGAGUGACGAGACCAAGUCCAUCAUGAUUGCCAAGUAUCCCGUCUACACCCCGGCGCUGGACGACCCUCAGUCGGAGACUGCGUACGAGCUCGUCCUGGACUGUGUCAAGGCGGCUCGCUCCCUGACGGCUGAAUACGCCAUCAAGGAGAAUGCCGAUGUCAUCAUUCAAACCUUCACCAAGGCCGCCGAGGAGACGUGUACCAAGGAGCUCGUCUCCAUCACCUCGCUGGCUGGCAAGGCCGUCAACAAGAUCAACAACAUUGGCGGCGACGCGCCCCGUCCCACGGGCUGCGUCGCGUACCCCGUCUCGACCGCGGCGACCGUCUUCCUGCACGUCAAGGGGCGCGUCGACAUGGACGCCGAGAUUGGCAAGGCGCAGAAGCGCCGUGACAAGGCGACGCAGAGCAUCCAGCGCCAGGAGAAGCUCCUGGCCGACCCGGUCUACCUGCAAAAGGCCUCGGAGGCUGUCCGCGAGGCGGACGAGAAGAAGCUGGCCGACGCCAAGCAGGAGCUGGCCAGCUUCGAGGCCACGAUUCAGCAGUUUGAGCAGCUCAAGCUGGAGUAA